UUUACUUCUCUCACACCGCGGAUGACAACGUUUGAGCUGUAGUCAGAUACCAUUUCGAUUGGCUCGGUUUCUUGGAAAAAGUUCUUGCUUCAGCAUAUCUUCAUUCAACCUGCCUGGAUAGAAGACGAGUUCGUUCUUUUUAUCUUCUUGCAGCAUACAAUGGGCAUCUCCCUCACCUUCGAUGUGAUUCGAAAGAUGUCCUCUAUUCUAAGGCCGCUAUUAUUCUUUGCUAUUACGACGACGUUGGACCACAACACCACAAGUCAUGCCUUUGCCGUGGUGAAGAAAAGUCUAAUCUCGGGAAGAGCAAGAAGACAGCAGCGGCACGGGCAGAAGCAACAUGUUUCGAAUACCGCGCCGGACGAGAAAGCUUCUGCCAGAUUUCAGAGUCAAAGCAACAACCAAAAAGAUGAAGACCUCCGCGCAGCCGCCGGAUUGUUCACUACGACCUCUAGUGAACGAGAUGCGACCUUGAUGACAGAAGACGCACGACGCCAAGAACUACAUAGCGGUCGUAUGUAGUGAGGUCACCGAACGGUUCUAACCGGGGAGUUUUUUUGCCAGCCAGACAGCAAAACGGCCGCCAGUUUUCAAGCGGGCGAAAGUGUUUUUGGACAUAAAAAAUUUUCAAUUAUCAAGCGGCCCUGGCUGACCUGGCACCGAAUCGCCAGCGGAUUCUAUCGAUCGCCGCUGGGUAAAACGACGCAGAGAAGCCAGCAAAAGGGGCGCCCUUCUGAGGCGCCCACCGGCUUGAUUUCUGGCGGUUUGGGGCGCCCAAAAGGGCGCCCGAGAAAAACGCACCCAAAAUCAGAACAGCGAAACUGCAUGGCACGGCCGCGAUUUCGGAGCAUUUUGGGCGGCCGCGAAAGCGGCCGCAUUUUCGCCGGUUUCAGAGGCCGGGAAGCUUUGCAAAAAGCGCCGGCGAGAAAAAUAAAAACGCAAAAAAGCAAAAGCGCGCCAGACGCGCAAAGCCAAUCCGCAUGCUACGGGCCCGAUUUUUCUUCGCUUUUUGGGCGCCCCCCGUGGCACCCGGAUCGACCUCAUAGCAUGGGGGCUGGCUUUCGGAAAGGAAUAUCGGGAAUUUGCCAAAAUUUGCGACGUUUAUCACGCGGCCGCCAUACCGUGCGGCCUAACGUUACUCACGGCGGUACGGCGAGCCCAGAGAAAGCAAAGCAGCGGCCAAGGCGACGGCCGGCAAGAAAACGCCCACGACCUCACUACCUCCGCCCCGGCGGCUAUAUUUGGCACUUCUAGGCUCGACGACCUUGAAGAUGUUGCAGGAAAUACCCGAGGUGUGCUGUUGAGUCGCGGCCGACAUCCACCUGAUGUGCCCCAGUCGAGCUCCAACUCCGACUCAUUGUUGGAUUUAGGGGAGGCUUAUGCGAAGACAAGAAGGCGCGAAGAGUUUCUUCUAUACGAGUUGUCAACUUCACCAGCAUCUAAUACUUCCUCUGCUCCUUCUUCGAGAAGCGCGAACGCUACAGCGCCUUCAGUGUCGGUUUCGUCUACGUCUGACGAAGAGCCAGUCUCUGUUGAGUCCGACCAAAUGCCGUGGUGGCCGCGCACGAAAAGCGAAAACCAGUACAUGACGAACAUGCUGGGCGGCUCGUCGGCGGGGAACACGACCCGGGGCGACAAUUACAUGCUGGGUAGUUCUUCUUCAUCGUCGGCUGACGACGACUUUGACUACAGCUCGGGCGAGCCCCAAGCGGGAUGGGUGCCAGACGAUUGCGGGCCGGCCUGGGACAACUACCGUGCGGGGAAUUGUUGCAGGUUCAUGUGCACAAAUCUGGCCGCCAUCACCUCGUUUUCCGCCUCCGACGAGGAGUGUGAGCGGAUGAAACAGACGUAUGAGUACUACCUGUGCGAAGAUCCCUGCCCGAGCACGGGGGGCGGUUGCUGAGGGUGAACAGGGCAGCAAGUGUAGGUCCGGAAUACCUGAAGUUUUAAGUUUUUCGUAAUUUGUUUACUUUCCUAAUUCAUUGGUUUCCUAGUAAUUCUGUGCACGCCUGAAAAGGAUUUAUCCUCGAUGCUCAGAAUGAACAAGGGUGAAGAUGACUGCUACUUGGGUAAUCUUUUUGAAAACGAAAAUCACACACGGAGAAUCCGUUUGGAACAAGGAGCGAGAAAGAUGCACAUGGCAACAAUCUCGGGGCGUUCCGCUGAAUUUUUCUUCUAAGUACCUCUUCUAUCCUUGGUGUUGCUGGCCAAGAUCUGCAUACUCG